UUUUGUUUCACUCAGCUUUCUGUUUGACCUAUUCUGAGUGAAACAAAGGAAUGAAUUACCUGAGUGUUGGACUGCCUCAAAUCACUCAGGUCAUCGCGUCUCUGCUUCCUCGAUAUAUUUUGUAUUGUAUGUUAUGCCUGAUGUCUGAUGAGAUGAUCAUAUAUGAAGCUAUCUAAGUUUUUCAACUCAAUUAUAUAUUUAUAUAUAUCGAUGCUCGUGUCGUGUACGUCCUGGAUCGAUGAUCAAUCUUGCAGACCGACAGAACGAAUGCAACAACCGUGCAAGAGAUAGAUAGCUCUAGACGCAUGGCCGAUCCGGUGAGCAUCGUGCAGGCGGUCAUAGACUUGGCGCUCAAGAUCAAGAAUGGGGUGGAGACGGCUCGGCACAACAGGGUGGACUGCAGCAGGAUCGGCGAGCUCGUGGCCACGGUGCGCCGCGUCGCGGAGGGCCUGCGGAAGACCAUGCAGGAGGACGGCGGCGCGUUGGUGGGUGGCGCGCUCGACUCUCUGAAGCAGGCCCUGCAGCGCUCCUGGGGUCUCGUCGCCUACUGCCAGAGCGAGAACGCCAUGCUCCGUGCCCUGCAAGCCACCGCCAUCGCCGAGAAGCUGUGCCGGGUCUUGCUCGACAUCUCGCUGAACCUCACCGCGGUGGUGCUCGCUAACGGCGCCUACAACACCUCCAAGCUGGCCGACAUCAACAGAAUCGUUGCCGCCUUGCGUGCCGACGUCGCCUACAACACCUGGAUUCUCGCCAAAAUUAUGGAGAUUGUUGCUGAUCUUCCGGAUGCUCACCAGCAUAUAGGACAACAGGUGGCAAGAUUGGUGAAGAGCUACAGUGAUUCAACUGAUGCCGAUGCUAGUUCUUAUCAAAAUGAAAGUACAAGGGAGACAAAGGAAACAGACGGCGUUACCAAAAAAGCUAUAUAUAUAUAUAUAUAUGCUCAAUUGGCCUGCCCUGCUGUUUUGGUACUCAAGUCAAUGAAUUACUCCCUCCUCCUACAAAAGUAAAGUUUUGGACAUGGAUCUAUAUGGCCUUGAAAACAUAGCUUUGAUUAUACUAUUUGUAAGAAAUAGCGAAAUAAGCAUAUUCUUUUAUGAAACUAUUCUUCAAUAUUGUAUCA